AUGAAGGAGGAUCAAGUUGUGCUGGAAGAACCAGGAUUCCAAGAUGAAGAGGAAUCUUUGUUUCAAGACAUUGACCUGUUACAAAAACAUGGAAUUAAUGUGGCUGACAUUAAGAAACUGAAGUCAGUAGGAAUCUGUACCAUCAAAGGGAUACAGAUGACAACAAGAAGAGCACUAUGCAAUGUCAAAGGGCUCUCAGAAGCAAAAGUGGACAAGAUUAAAGAAGCAGCCAACAAACUUAUUGAACCAGGAUUCUUGACUGCCUUUGAGUAUAGUGAGAAGAGAAAGAUGGUUUUCCAUAUCACCACUGGGAGCCAGGAAUUUGAUAAGUUGCUAGGAGGUGGAAUUGAAAGCAUGGCAAUCACAGAAGCUUUUGGAGAAUUUCGUACUGGAAAAACCCAGCUCUCUCAUACCCUCUGUGUGACAGCUCAACUUCCAGGAGCAGGUGGCUAUUCAGGAGGAAAGAUUAUCUUCAUUGAUACAGAAAAUACUUUCCGUCCGGAUCGCCUUCGGGACAUUGCUGACCGCUUCAACGUAGACCAUGAUGCAGUACUGGACAAUGUCCUUUAUGCACGUGCAUAUACUAGUGAACAUCAGAUGGAGCUACUUGAUUAUGUAGCAGCAAAGUUCCAUGAAGAAGCUGGCAUCUUCAAGCUAUUGAUCAUUGAUUCAAUAAUGGCACUUUUUCGAGUGGAUUUCAGCGGCCGUGGGGAGUUGGCUGAACGGCAGCAAAAAUUGGCCCAGAUGUUGUCACGACUCCAAAAAAUCUCAGAAGAAUAUAACGUGGCUGUGUUUGUGACCAAUCAAAUGACUGCUGAUCCAGGAGCAACUAUGACUUUUCAGGCAGACCCCAAAAAACCCAUCGGGGGACACAUUCUGGCUCAUGCUUCAACAACAAGAAUAAGCUUGAGAAAAGGAAGAGGAGAACUGAGAAUUGCCAAGAUUUAUGACAGCCCUGAGAUGCCUGAAAACGAAGCCACCUUCGCAAUAACUGCUGGAGGGAUUGGGGAUGCCAAGGAGUAG